ACAUUGCUCUAUCCUGGCCUAGAUUACUCUAAUUCUUGUUUUUCCAGACAGCUCGUACAGCGAAUCUACACACAGGACUGAUCCUUGAGCUCCUGGCUUCAGUCUGCUAUAACAAGUCUUUGGACUAGGUCCAGGAGUUUAGUCUUGUCCAAAUCAGGUCUGGUUAAUGUAUUUCUGGUGCUAUUCAACUCGCCGAGACGCCACAGUGUUAUAGAGGUCAGUGUGAUUCUGGCCUGGUUCCUAAUGGCCCUCUUUAAAGAUGUUUAGACGCAUGCUGUCUCUCAGGCUGCAAGUUUCCACUUCUGCCGCUCGUGAACGGUUACCGGAAACUACCAGAGAGCUUAGGCCAAUGAAGUUGUCUGAUCUGAUUUAAGCGACACCUAGAAAACCCCCACCAACUCAGCUCUGACACGGGGACAGGUCACCUCUAACAUGGGAUUUUAAAAUGUUUUGUAAUUUAGCAGACACUCUUAUCCAGAGCGACUUACAGUAGUGAGUGGAUACAUUUUGGUACUUUUUUCCCGUUAUGGUCCCCCGUGGGAAUUGAACCCACAACCUUGGCGUUGCAAGCGCCAUACUCUACCAACUGAGCCACAUGGGACCAGGUCAGCAGAUGAGUCCUUGGGUCUGUUAACGCUGUGCCCCCUCUAAAUGGAAGUCCUUGGGUCUGUUAACGCUGUGCCCCCUCUAAAUGGAAGUCCUUGGGUCUGUUAAUGCUGUGCCCCCUCUAAAUGGAAGUCCUUGAGAUAAGAUGAGGACAUUAUUUAGAGUGGAGUUUCCUGGAGGUGCACUUGUAACUCAACCUGGCCCUGCUGGGGAGUUUGAUAGGAGCAGAGAUGAGAAGAGGUCACCUCAACUGGAGUGUUUUCUUAACCUGUUUGUGUCUUGUCUGUAUUUUUAACUCUGUUGUUUGUCUUGGUGUGUUUCUUUAAGCUCAAUGUGUUGACUCUCUCUCUCUCUCCGUAGUUCCUGCUGUACUGUGAAGGCACCCGCUUCACAGAGAAGAAGCACCAGAUCAGCAUGGAGGUGGCAGAGAGUAAAGGCCUGCCCAAGCUCAAAUACCACCUACUGCCCAGAACCAAAGGCUUCACCACCGCACUCAAAUGCCUCAAGGGCACAGGUGGAGCAUGCAUUCACGCACACACACCAGGGUUCUCCCCAAAGAAUGGAAGACGGGCGCUGCGCCACCUUGUGGACUGGCUGAGCCACUAUGUACAUUUUAGUUUUUUAGUUAAUUUUUUUAAGGCCAGGCACCACACCCUAAUAGCUUUUUAUUUUGCUCUAGAUUGCAGAAAAUGGCAUUUACAGGCGUUCAAAAACGCCAUACCACCUUCUUUUUUUUAAAUCCAGGGCAGCAGGCUACACACACUGAUUUUCUGUUCUUGCUAUAAUAAUAUAAUAAUAUGCCAUUUAGCAGACGCUUUUAUCCAAAGCGACUUACAGUCAUGUGUGCAUACAUUUUUACGUAUGGGUGGUCCCGGGGAUCGAACCCACUACCCUGGCGUUACAAGCGCCAUGCUCUACCAAUUGAGCUACAGCUCUGUUUAUCUUCUGUUUUCAGUGUCUGCUGUGUAUGAUGUCACACUGAACUUCAAAGACCACCAAGUCCCCACUCUGCUGGGCAUCAUCAACGGCAAGAAAUACAUGGCAGAUAUGAGAAUCAGGUGGGUAUGGACCAACAGAUAUGACCCUGUGAUUAAUACUGGAGCUGUUUCAGAUGGAAGCCCAUGAUGUUCUCUUAGCCCGUUGGCACUGUUCCAAGCACGUUGGAUUUUUUAUAGUAAGAGAAACGAUGGACGGCUCAACUCAGCUGGAGUCUUGCAUAACACUCCUUUGUGUUGCUGGGGUAGUCAUGUCCUGUCCUAACCAGCACACAUGGGUAAAGAGAGGCUGAAAGAGGGGAGAGAUGGCUUAGAGAGGGCAGCGAGAUCACAGAAAAGCUGCGGUGAAAAGCCUCACUCUGUGACUCCCUGAGACGAUCAUUAAAUACCAGAGUUAGUGUCAGGCCUCUGUAAAAACAUCAGCUACACUGUAAGAUUACAGAGAGCCAUCAACUCUUACAGGGAGGAGACUAAACUGUGAGAUUACAGAGAGCCAAUUGCAGGGGUUAAAUUUCUCCGUCACUGCAACGGAUUUCCAUCAUAUGGAUUCUGGAGAGGUCGUUUUUGAGAUGAGGACGGCUCCCCUGCAUGAAUGAGCCCUGUGUGAGGCUAAACGGGGAGAGUAGCCUGGUGUGGCAAAAACAGAUGCUUGUUUAAUGGCCCAGUCCUACUUUUACUUUAUGAGGAACCCCAAUCUGAACCUUGAGUGAGUUUGCCCCCUGGUGGUGAGAUGUUGCUAUAGCCGACGCUCAUUCUCCUGCAUUCCGUUGCCAUAGUAGACUCCCCCUGCUAUCUCCUGCGUUGUUGACUGCCUGUCUCCUCUGCUCCGGCCUGCAGGCGGUUCCCUGUAGAGGAGAUCCCAGAAGAUGAGAAGGAGUGUGCCAACUGGCUUCAUAAACUCUACCAGGAGAAGGUAAGGCUCUUUUAGUGCUUGAGGUUUAACUGAAUAGUGUUAAAUGUAGAGACGUUUUCUUUCCUGUAGAAGUCAGACAUAUAAACUCAUAUAUCAGAUGAGUUACACUGACGCCUACCUUUUUUUAUUUUGAAGUAACAACACAAUGUUUUACCAGGUUUGGUAGUAGCCACCUACUGUAGCUUGAUAUUGUCUCUCUCUCUCCAGGAUGCUCUGCAGGAGCACUACCAUAAAGAGGGCACUUUCCCGGGUCCCACCAUCACCCCUCCACGUCGGUUGUGGACGCUAGUCAACUUCCUGUUCUGGGCGACCCUGCUGCUCUCGCCCCUCAUUAACUUCGCCUGCGGGGUGGUGGUCAGCGGCUCCCCCCUCCUCAUCCUUGGCUUCAGCCUCUUCCUCAUCGUAGGUGAGGAGAGGGUAGACAACAGCCUCAAGCACUUCCUCUCCACUGUUACCUUGAUCCAAUAACAAUGAGCUUUAUACAGUAGCUAACUCCAACACAUAUGUGAACGUAACGUAAAUGUUGACUGAUGUGUGUAGUUCCUGACAACAAAGUUACAUGUAAGUAAAUAUUAUAAUUUUGUGACAGUUUUUUGCCUCUAGGAGAUUUGGUCCAUCAUCUGUCUGUUUUCUUUUUGGUCCUCUUCAGCCUCCAUAGCCAUCCGGCGCCUGAUCGGUGUCACCGAGGUAAAGAAGACGGGCUCCAGUUACGGCGACGAGGGGGCUAAGAAACAGAACUAGACCUCUACCUCCCCCCUGACCGCGGUUCGUUGCUGUACGGUCCUCCUCCCUCUCUUCUGUUGUCCUGGAGGUGCAGUCAGCACGCCGGGGAGGGGGCCAAACCAUUACACCUAGAGAUAAAACCGAUAGAUCUGGAGGGGGACAAACCAUUACACCUAGAGAUAAAACGGAUAGAUCUGGAGGGGGCCAAACCAUUACACCUAGAGAUAAAACAGAUAGAUCUGGAGGGGGCCAAACCAUUACACCUAGAGAUAAAACAGAUAGAUCUGGAGGGGGCCAAACCAUUACACCUAGAGAUAAAACUGAUAGAUCUGGAGGGGGCCAAACCAUUACACCUAGAGAUAAAACUGAUAGAUCUGGAGGGGGCCAAACCAUUACACCUAGAGAUAAAACAGAUAGAUCUGGAGGGGGCCAAACCAUUACACCUAGAGAUAAAACUGAUAGAUCUGGAGGGGGCCAAACCAUUACACCUAGAGAUAAAACAGAUAGAUCUGGAGGGGGCCAAACCAUUACACCUAGAGAUAAAACAGAUAGAUCUGGAGGGGGCCAAACCAUUACACCUAGAGAUAAAACUGAUAGAUCUGGAGGGGGCCAAACCAUUACACCUAGAGAUAAAACUGAUAGAUCUGGAGGGGGCCAAACCAUUACACCUAGAGAUAAAACUGAUAGAUCUGGAGGGGGCCAAACCAUUACACCUAGAGAUAAAACUGAUAGAUCUGGAGGGGGCCAAACCAUUACACCUAGAGAUAAAACUGAUAGAUCUGGAGGGGGCCAAACCAUUACACCUAGAGAUAAAACAGAUAGAUCUGGAUAAUGAGAGGAAAGAAAGAGAGAGAGGGGUAUGACCAUGGAAGGAGUGUGGAGAGAGAGAGAAAAAGGAGACCGUCUAGAGCCAGCUCUCUGUGGAGUAGGAGAGAGCAGAAGGACUGAGAAGGGGAGGUACUGCUAUGACCAUGCUCUUUGCCCCCUUAAUGCCCUCAGAUGCCGCCGGCCCCGCCCACUCUUCACCACCUAACCGCUGGGGUCCACAACACCGGACAGCCAACCAGCUCACCACCCCAGAAGCAAGACCACUUCCUGUUCUGAGCUGCCACUUCCUCUUCCUGUCACAUGCUCUGGUCCUUUUUUUUGUUGUUGAGCUGGUGUUACUACAGUGUUGACCUCUUGUAACGUACAGUAUAUCUCCCCCCUCGUUCUACCAAAUGACUGGACUUCUAAUGGGAACCAGUUUCUUGAGGCUCAGCCUGAUUUCCACUUUGCUUUUAACCUCUGAGGAAAAGGGGUUUGUCUUUUUCACUGUGCUUCCUGUCUCUGCUGUGGGAGCCCGCCCCCUUUAUAUUUGUUGUCCAGCUUCAAGAUCAAAUAUAAUGGGCUGAUUCUAGAAGUCUAUGCAUUCUGGGUACUAUUGAAUAUUACUAUAGCACUUAUUUGUCAUCUGGGCUAUGUUCAACAGCAGACAUGGGACUUCCAGUGUUUUAAAUACUGAGGCAGGUUUGUGUUAAGACUACAGUAAGGUAUCUGUAUUCAUUAACUACACGCUAACUAACUAACUACUUACUAACAUCUGUUAUCGUUGACAUGAAAUUUCACACCACCGUUCCAACGCCCUCCAGUUCUGACCGUAAUGAUUAUUUUGUGGAUGUAGGUUUUUACAGCAUUCUCCCUGCUUGCUCACAAGUAAAUGUCUGCACACACAUUACCAUGCCAUUUUAUGACGAGCCGGUUCCUGAGUGAGCUAUGACCUUCUCCUGCUGACUCCUGCAACCACCCCCAGUGUCUUUACACAGCUCAACCACCCCCAGUGUCUUUACACAGCUCAACCACCCCCCAGUGUCUUUACACAGCUCAACCACCCCCAGUGUCUUUACACAGCUCAACCACCCCCAGUGUCUACACAGCUCAACCACCCCCAGUGUCUACACAGCUCAACCACCCCCAGUGUCUUUACACAGCUCAACCACCCCCAGUGUCUUUACACAGCCAACCACCCCCAGUGUCUACACAGCUCAACCACCCCCAGUGUCUUUACACAGUUCAACCACCCCCAGUGUCUUUACACAGCUCAACCACCCCCGGUUUCUUUACACAGCUCAACCACCCCUAGUGUCUACACAGCUCAACCACCCCCAGUGUCUUUACACAGCUCAACCACCCCCAGUGUCUUUACACAGCUCAACCACCCCCCAGUGUCUUUACACAGCUCAACCACCCCCAGUGUCUUUACACAGCUCAACCAACCCGUGACUACACAGCUCAACCACCCCUGGUGGCUAUACACAGCUCAACCACCCCCGGUGGCUAUACACAGCUCAACCACCCCACCCCUGGUGUCAGUGUGACUCUUAUAAUAACCAAUUCCAGUCCAGACUAUAACCCCACCUACCCAGUCCAGACUAUAACCCCACCUACCCAGUCCAGACUAUAACCCCACCUACCCAGUCCAGACUAUAACCCCACCUACCCAGUCCAGACUAUAACCCCACCUACCCAGUCCAGACUAUAACCCCACCUACCCAGUCCAGACUAUAACCCCACCUACCCAGUCCAGACUAUAACCCCACCUACCCAGUCCAGACUAUAACCCCACCUACCCAGUAGCUACUGAUUCUCCUCUCCAGCUGUAGACUAGUAAUGUUUGCCUCUGCAAUGAUGACUGUUUGAUUGGUUACAAUGUUCCCGCCCUACCCCAUCUCUUAGGCUAGGGUGACUGUUUGAUUGGUUACUAAGGUUCCCGCCCUACCCCGUCUCUUAGGCUAGGGUGAUUUGAUUUGUUACUAAGUUCCCAUCUCUUAGGCUAGGGUGAUUGUUCGAUUGGUUACUAUGUUCCCGCCCUACCCCGUCUCUUAGGCUAGGGUGAUUUGAUUUGUUACUAAGUUCCCAUCUCUUAGGCUAGGGUGAUUGUUCGAUUGGUUACUAUGUUCCCGCCCUACCCCGUCUCUUAGGCUAGGGUGAUUUGAUUUGUUGCUAAGUUCCCAUCUCUUAGGCUAGGGUGAUUGUUCGAUUGGUUACUAGGUUCCCGCCCUACCCCAUCUCUUAGGCUAGGGUGAUUUGAUUGGUUACUAAGUUCUCAUCUCUUAGGCUAGGGUGAUUGUUCGAUUGGUUACUAAGUUCCCAGCCCUACCUCAUCUCUUCCUCUACUAAAGUCUUGUACUCAGACACACUCCACCAGUCCUUCAUCCGUAAUGGUGCACUGUGGGUAGUUGAAUUUUCUCUGGGUUAGUACUGUUAUGUUUAUGGGUUUAUUUGGCCUUGGUUUCUGUUACCAUGGUGCAGGAGUAAUAGGAUCUUAUUGAAUUGUAAUUACACUUACAUGUGUCAUUUAGCAGAAGCUCUAAUCCAGAACAAUUUACAAUACCGUCCAUAACAGUACUGUUCUACUUCUCAGUAGCCGCGAUGUGUUACAUGAUGUUACUAAAGCUGCUUACAGGUCCUGCGCUGCACAGGAAGGAGGAGUUCCCUUCCUGCUGCUAUUCCCUGCAGGGUACAGAACCACCCUUGGCUCACGCACGGCAACUGCACUUGCUUUCCAAACACCUCACAUUGUUUAUCUCUACUCAUUGGACAAUUAUUUACAUUCUCUGACGACCUGCUCCAUCUGUGGUCUGAAGGGUUGUAUUAGGGAGGGGGAUGACUUUCCUUUACAACUGGGAUUGACAUGAAAGCAGACGUCAGAUUACAGGUGACUGGUAUUUCCUCAGUGCAACACGCAGACAUAGGAGCAACACGUCAUCCUCAUCAUCCCUUGUCUGGAGAGGACACCAUUUUGUGUUACAACGUCACCGGUUUUUCUCCCUAUGUUCAUAAUGUCCUUUGUUCUUCUUCUUUUUGUUUUAUUGUUAAAUGGUUUUUAACCAGGACAGAUUCAUGCAAGCCUUAACAGACAGAGAGUGCAGCUUCAUUAUAUUGUAUUGUGUGAACUUAGACAGACCACACUUCCUCAGCCCCAUUGUAGUACGUUUUGGAUUGGCAAGUGGUGUGGGAGACUGAUUUAGUAAGAUUCACAUUCAUCUGCCCUCUGUUAAAAAAGAAAAGGAACUCGAGUUUAUUUCUCAAUGUGGAAUCUUGGAAACAAGUAGUUUGGGUUAGUUGAUAAGGUAUAGUUAGUGUUAAGCCUGAAGAGAUGGGGGUUCCGUCAGAAUCUGCUCAUUGUUACAGAAAUAGUUGAGGGCCCUAUUUUAGGAAUAGACUCAGUGUCCUGUGAUGAUUCUGUGUUCGAUACCUCUGUUACAACUCCUGUUACAUCUCAACUGUCAAUACAACUGUUACAGUAGCUUAGGAGAGAUCUGGGCCCGUAUCCACGGAGUCUCAGAAUAGGAGUGCUGAUCUAGGAUCUAUCCAUAUAUUCUUAUUCAUAAUGAUCUAAAAGGCUAAACUAAUCCUAUAUCAGCUCUGAGAGGCUUUGUGGAUACGGGCCCUGUUCUAAGUUGUGUGGCAUACGUUUUGGCUCAUCUCCACAGUGUCCUUCCCAUACUGUAAUUCCAAACUACAAUACCCAUCAGGCACUGGUGCAGUCCCACCUCUCCCUCAGGUAUCUGUCAGCUGUGUUUACACAGGCAGCCUUAUUCUGAUAUUUUUUUCACCAAUUGGUCUUUUGACCAAUCGGAUCAGCUCUGAAAAGAUCUGAUGUGAUUGGUCAAAAGACCAAUUAGUGUAUAAACGAUCUGAAUUGGGCUGCCUGUCUAAACGCAGCCUAUGGUGUAUCUAUUCCAGAGCAACAGGACAAAUGCAGAGAAGCUAACACUAUUUGACAUUUUCUAACACUGGAGGUUUGUACUGCAAAAAAAUCCCACUACUGAUUUUCUUAUUUUUGUUCAAGUUCUCGAAACUAAAGAAGCAAGUAACGUUAGAAAUUCAACACUGAAAUUUGACCCUUUUUGGCAUGAAAGUUGUUCACUUAAGUGGCAUCUCUCAACUCAAUUUACAUUUUUGUUUUUUUUCUAAGUCUAUUUGUAUCUGUUUCUUUAAUUAAACAAUUAAGAAUAUUAAAGGAUUUAAUCACUCAAUUCUUAUUCUUUCAGUUUGUUUGAAUUUGUCUGAAUGAAUUUCUCAAUGUGUACUUGUGCAGCAGAACCACAUUGUCUUCAGACCGAUGACGUCAUUCUAACGAGACAGCGUUGUCAUUAACUAUCAGCUGACCUAAGACGAUGGCAGAACCACGCAGAGCAGGCCCUUUGGUUGCGUUUACACAGGCAGCCUAAUUCUGAUAUUUUUCCCAAUUGUUGGAAAAAGAGCUGAUCUGAUUGUUCAAAAGACCAAUUAGUGGGGGAAAAAUCUGAAUGUUUGGCCUGUGUAAAUGCAGCCUUAGUAUCACCAACAUCAUCCUUCAUCCACAUUACCCUAUACCCCUCAAACUCAACUCUGGACCUCGAAGCCAGUUCCACUGCAUUUGUCCUUGUUCCCCUCGAAUCAGGGACUGCUUUAGACCUGGGACAGCAGGUGUGUGUGUACAAUUAAUUAUUAGGUAGAACAGCAAACCAGCAGGCUCCGGACCUCGUCGGGUAAGAGUUGAGUACCCCUGCCCUAUACUAACCAGGUACACACUAUCAGUCAGACCCUUCACGCUGCCAUAUCACAUUGAAACACCAUGGUACAAAUACCCGUACUUUAUAUCCAAGUCCUACCAGAAACUGAAUACAUGUUUUGGCAAUAAUAUACCUUUUUUUUUUAAUUACAUUUUGAGAAUCUACUGUCUAAUCAAACACUGACAUCUCUAACCUUUCUGAAUGGCGGUUUCAAUCUUGAACUGUAUCUGUAGAAAAAACACGCUGGAUUGCGAACACAGCCCUUUGUUAUUUAAGCUUAAAAACCUUCAGUGACUCCAGAAAGUCCUGCAAUAACUAUUGCUAGAGGAGAGAGCUUGUUAAGCAUUUUUCCAUAAUGACUGUAAUUAAUCAUGAUUGCUUAACUUUAGCCUAUUUACUUUUUGCAUGGUGUGCAUUGUUGCACACAUACUGAGUUAAUUCUGAUUCCGGGAUUAUUUUACAGACUGGCAAUAGAACAUCUUAAAAAUAAUAAUAUUGAACAGCUGUUAUAUUCACUUUGAAUCGGAAUAAAAAAGGCUAUCUCCGGGAGCUGAAAAAGACUAGUUGAUAUGCAGGCACACCAUUCUAAACUUUACUUGACUCUACAUUACCCUUUUUUAAGUUAAUUUCUGAACUUUAGGAAUCAAGGACAUGGCAGAAAUGAUAAGACUUGACACUCAUGAACACUGUCCAUACAGUGCCUUCAGAAAGUAUUCUUAACCCUUGACUUAUUCCACAUUUUGUGUUAGCCUAACGCAGUGGCGGCUCCUGAAAAAAUUCUCAGGAGGGGCAAUUUUUCUGAUGAUUUAGGUGACCUACACACAUUUAAAAAAAAGAUAUGUCCAGCAACAACAUGAAGACAGGGGCAGCAUAUAAGUCAAUACCAGAAGCAUUUAUUGACUGAUCUCAAAAGUGUUGGCUUACCAGGGUUGGUGGAGCCCUCAGUUUCAUCUUUGCCUCGCAAAGCUAACUCAAACACUCCGCAAAACUUCACACACUGGAUUAGCCGGCUGAGGAUGUGGCGGUUCUUGCUAAUGUCGUAGUAAAUAUAUUUGUUAUAGUGAAUAUGGAAAAUGAUAUGUUGAGUAAAAUGUUGUGCUAAGAUCUAUUUAGGUCAGGAGCUGGUUAUAAGUUCUGUUCCUAUCCAAUAACAAUGGACAAAAGGGUCCUAUCUUGUCAGCCUUGUCAGCAGGUGGCCAAGGACAACACCCACGCCAUAGGCCUCUCAGUUCUUCCAACUCACGAGUUCUUGCUCUGAGGACACACACACACACAAACACACACACACACACACACACAUCAUCACUGUUAAACACACACACACACACACACAAAAAUCCCCUCUCUUAGGCUGAACAUUUGAAGACAGAGAACCCGACUCAGAGCCAAUGCAACAGUGACAGUAGCCUGGAGGUGACCUCGCCCAACUCAUCAGGACCAAUCAGAAGAUCAGAACUACUAGAUUGAACCUACUUCAUUUAUUGCAUAAAAUGUCUGCACACAAUGUUUCGGGGCUCUCUUCAGAUAAUAAUAAUAAUAAUAAUAAUAUGCCAUUUAGCAGACGCUUUUAUCCAAAGCGACUUACAGUCAUGCGUGCAUACAUUUUUGUGUAUGGGUGGUCCCGGGGAUCGAACCCACUACCUUGGCGUUACAAGCACCAUGCUCUACCAGCUGAGCUACAGAAAGUGGAUACUCAUGGAUGCGCAUUGCAAUUGUAAAAUGUCAACACAAUUGGAGACACCACGUCAUUUUUGGAGACAUGUUAUUGACAGUAAACUAUUGUAGAUGCGACUGCUAACUAAAUAAAACAUUUUAGCUGGCUAGCUAAUCAUCUUAGCUAAAUGUGGGGCAAACAAUUCAGUUAUUUACCGUUAAUUUGAGGGAUUGGGGUGAAAGAAAUCGAGUUACAUAGUGAUACUUUACGAUAUACUGUAUUGACAAUAUCGCAAUAUUUUAGCGCUAGUUGGCUGUACCUGCACCAAAACACCAUUACUGUUCCUUCAUAGCUUGUUCUCAAUCUUUUCACAUUGGGAGCCAAUUAGUUUUCAGCACUUUUAUUUCCAUGACUGAUCAAAACUCGUUCUCAUGGCUUUCUGAUCCCUCUGCAACAGACAUAUGGUGCGCAAUAAAAUCACAGUAUCGAAUCGCAAUACGUAUAGAAUCAUGAGACUCGCAAUGCUGAUGCAUAUAUCUUAUCGUGAGGUUCCUGGCAAUUCCCAGGCCAAGUUCAUUUGCCACAACAAAUCUCUUCGCUAGCAAACGCGAUGUCUUCUCCAAAACGACAAUGUGUCUCCAGCAAUGUUUACUUUUUUGACGUUCUAUGGCAUCUCCACUUUCCAAGCAUAUAUGACCACAUGUAAUAUUUUGGUAAGUGAUGCAAAUAGUGAACUAUGUAGGGCCAGGAUGUAAAAUAUAUGUAGCUGCAGCAAUUUCUCUUAUCUGAUAUGGUAAGUAAUGGGGCUUAAUUUAUAGCUCCCUAAGAGUUUGACGAACGGGUCCGUGAACGCGAUUCCAGAUAUAUUUACCUCUGAAUAAACUGCCUUUAUUACACCAUAUCCACAUCCAGUAAACUUGUGAUUAUCAACACUAACCUCAUCGUUGUGGCGGCGGACAGCUAGCCUGUAUCCCUCGUCAUCCAGUUGAGUGAGUGGCAAUGUCUUUUUUCGUUCGUACCAAUUUUUGGAAAAUCCUCGGGUGUAGGACUUUCCGCCUUUAGUAGAAACCUGUUGAAUUAUUAAAUUUGGUCUGGGAGGUCCUAAUUGUUUCGUUGCCAAUUUAUCUUAAUUUGUUCGCCGACAAAAAGGAACUUCUUUCAAAGACACAAUCGAGUUGGACUGAAGCCUAGCCAUUUUGAUAGUAGUAGUGAAUUGAUUGAGGCUGCUACCUGGUCUUUUCUUAGUUACGUUCAUUCGUGGUUACGUUAUGUAUGACGAAAGCGCGUAAGUGCAAGCCCACAGACACCCAUAGAGAAUGUAUUGAAAGCUUUGAAAUGUGAAAAAAAUAGAUUUUACAUGACAGGCUAUGAGAGACUUCUGGGCGAUUUUCAACCUGACUGAAAUCGCCCAAAAAACGGGCGGGGCCAUUUGAAGCACGACUUUAGCCUGAUUUGACAUUUAGUGGCUGUCAGAUCAGACGUGAACACUGAUAACUGCUGUUGCCGUGAUAUAAUUUUUUAUGAAUUUAUAAAAAAAAUAUAUAUAUAUUUUUUUUUUUUAUAAUUGAUUAGAAAAAAAAUCCCUUCCUUUUCCCGUUUGGCAGUGCGUCGCCCAUAUCGCCCUAUUGAACAAGCCGUCCCUGGCCUAACGGAUUAAAUAUUUAUUUAUUUUCACCCAUCUACACACAAUACCCCAUAAUGACAAAGAGAAACAUGUUUUUAGAAAUGUUUGCCAAUUUAUUGAAAAUGAAAUACAGAAAUAUCUCAUUUACAUAAGUAUUCACACCCCUGAGUCAAUACAUGUUAGAAUCACCUUUGGCAGUGAUUACAGUUGUGUGUGUCUCUGGUUAAGUCUCUAAGUGCUUUGCACACCUAAAUUGUACAAUAUUUGCACAUUAUACUUUUUUUAAUUCCUCAUGCUCUGUCAAGUUAGUUGUUGAUCAUUGCUAGACAGCCAUUUUCAAGUUUUGCCAUAGAUUUUCUGGCCAAUUUAAGUCAAAACUGUAACUAGGCCACUCAGGAACAUUCAAUGCCGUCUUGGUAAGCAACUCCAUUGUAUAUUUGGCCUUGUGUUUUAGGUUAUUGUCCUGCUGAAAGGUGAAUUUGUCUCCCAGUAUCUGUUGGAAAGCAGACUGAACCAGGUUUCCCUCUACGAUUAUGCCUGUGCUUUGCUCUAUUCCAUUUAUUUUCAUCCUAAAAAACUCCCUAGUCAAUGUCAAGCCCUUAACGAUUAGAAGCAUACCCAUAACCAUAGCAGGAGGAAGUCGUUUCGGGGUCGGGCUGCGAUUAUUUUUGUAGACCCGGGAGGGUGCUACAUCGGUCCACCAAUACAGGACUAUUAAAGGCCCAGUGCACCACCUUUGUGAAAAAACGUUUAUUUGUAUGUAUUUUUAAUUCCGAUUUUUCAGGGAGUGCUGCAGCACCCUUCCUGCGGCUAUACCCAUAACAUGAUGCAAGCACCACCAUGCUUGAAAUAUGAAGAGUGGUACUCAGUGAUGUGUUGUGUUGGAUUUGCCCCAAACAUAACACUUUGUAUUCAGGACGUUUCUUUGCCAUAUUUUUUGCAGUUUUAUUUUAGUGCCUUACUGCAAACAGGAUGCAUGUUUUAGAAAUGUUUUAUUAUGUACAGGUUUCCUUCUUUUUACUCUGUCAUCUAAGUUAGUAUUGUGGAGUAACUACAAUGUUGUUGAUCCAUCCUCAGUUUUCUCCUUUCACAGCCAUUAAACUCUGUUACUGUUUGUCCUCAUUGUGGUGCCAGGACAACAACCUAUGCCUUUACUUCAGCAAAACAAAGGAGUUGAUUGUUGACUUCAGGAAGCAGAGGAGGGAACACGCCUCGAUCCACAUCAAUGGGACUGCAGUAGAGAGAGUCAGGAGUUUUAAGUUCCUCAGAGUCCACAUCACUGAGGACUUGACAUGGACCAGCAACACCACCACUCUUGUCAAGAGGGCGCAACAGCGGCUGUACUUCCUAAGGGGCCCGAAGAAAUUCGGCAUGCCACCCCGGCUCCUGUCCAAAUACUACCGCUGCACCAUUGAGAGCGUCCUGACCGGUUGCAUCAUGGCCUGGUACGGGGAUUUCUCCACCCACGACCACAAGGCCCUCCAGCGCGUGGUGACGAUGGCCCAGGACAUCACUGGGGCCGUGUUCCCACACAUCCAUGAGAUCUACUUGAAAUGGUGCCUGAGGAAGUCCCGCAACAUCAACAAGGACCCCACACACCUCAGCAAUGAGCUGUUCUCUCCCUUAUCGGAGCAUGAGGUCUGAUACCAACAGGCUCAAAGACAGUUUCUUUCUACAAGCCAUCAGACUGCUGAACACUUGAACUGGACUGACCACCUGCUCUGACUCUCCUCACCUUAGCACACACAUAGUCUUGUACUUUAUAACUAACCUUGUGGGGACACACAAUUCAGUCCCAUUCAAAAUCCUAUUUUCCUUAACCCUAAACCUAAUUCUACCCCUAAUUCUAACCUUAACCCUAAUCCUAACCCUAGAUCCUAAACCUAAUUCUAAUCCUAGCACUUUCUAACCUUAACCCUAACCUUAACCCUAAACCUAACCCUAGAUCCUAAACCUAAUUCUAACCUUAAACCUAACCCUAGAUCCUAACCCUAAUUCUAACCUUAAACCUAACCCUAGAUCCUAACGUUGACCAUAACCCUAAACCUAACCUUAACACUAAUCCUUACUCUAAAUCCUAAACCUAAUCCUAACCUUAACCCUAACCCUAGAUUCUAAACCUAAUUCUAACCUUAACCCCAGCUGGUUGUUUGUUUACUAUUCUUGUGGAGAAUUCUGUUCCCCAUAAGUAUAGCUAAACACACACACACACACACAAUCAUGCUACACACACUUCACAAUUGCUGCUACCAGACUCAUAUUUACUGCUGCUAAUACUGCAUAAUUUAAACACUUGCCCUCCAAUCCCCCUUUGUCUGAUACAUGUUUAAACGUGUUACUAUAAAUUGUACCUUCCUGUAUUAUACUUAUACUAAAAUGUUUAUUCUAUUCUACUGAGACAUUUACUUUAUGUUUAUAUAUUAUUUUAUUUCUUAGUGUUGUUGCAUUGUCCAGAAGAAACCUGCAAAUAAACAUUUAGUUGGACGGUGUAUACCAUGUGUAUCAUGUACUUACGACUAAUAAAACUUGAAACUUGACAUUUGGUCAUACUGCAAUGCCUAAAAUCAAAUGUGUUAUUUGUCAUAAAACAUUCACUCUUCUCUCUAAUAGGGCAUCAGCAUAGUCUCCCUGAGCUGAGAAUUGUCCUCCUGAGGAGGGAUUGCCUGGAGAAGAGUCUGACAGGAAACACCAUACUGGACAGGAAGCUGUUUGACACCAUGAGGGACGUGGAGAUGUGUUAGGAGACAGAGUUUAGUGGACGGCCGGCGGGUCACCUUGGUCAGCACACCAGAACGCUGGAUCCAGUACUCUGUGCAGGACCCUCUCCUUGUCCACUGCAACAAGGAAGCCAGCAUGUCCAUGUGUAAACCAGGUCCCCAUGCCUUCGUCAUGGUAAUCCCUGUAAACUCACGCAAAGGCAGGAACUGGACAGUAGAGGGCGACCUCGAGCUUCUAAACCACACUGUGGAGGCACAUGACACUGAGGGGCAAGUCACUAGAUGAGACAUGGUUUUCUCCAGGAGAUGGUGGAGAAUUGUGGGAAUAGGUACCAUUCUAUAAACACCAGGUCAAACAAUGCAUGGGAUGAUGACAUCACUCAGGACCCAGAGCUGCUGAGGAAGAUAGAUUAA